AUGAAACCAAUUCAACUCCUUACUAUCGCCGCAGUGCUUUCACAAGGCGCCUUUGCCUGCCUUGAGCAUCUACUACAAGAGCGGACUCCAGAUCCCAACGACAUGAUUCGCAGACAAGAGCCCGCCCCCAGAACCAAGACUGCCAUCAAGAAUGUUCGUGUUUUCGACGGCGCUAAACUCACCGGUCUCCAAACUGUCAUCAUUGAUGGUGAAAAUAUCAGCAACGACACCAGCAACGUCGAGACUACGGUUGAUGGCAACGGCGGCGUUCUGAUCCCUGGUCUAAUCGACUGCCACGUCCACAUAUCCAACGUUGCCGGGCUAGAAACCCUGACUUCUUACGGAGUCACCACCGCCAUGGUUAUGGCCUGUCGAAAUUACACACAAUGUGCGCCGCUCCGCAACUUGGAGGGCGUAGCUUCGUUUAUCUCGGCAGGCGUCCCCGCCACGGGACCCGGCAGCCAACACUCUCGAACUUUCAAUCUCUCUUCACAGUACCUCAUUUAUCCAGACGCGAAUGCCACUGAAGUUGUUUCUUACACUUUUGGCAACGGCUCCGACUUUUAUAAAAUCACGGCCGAGUUGAAUGGACCCAGCCAGAGCAUGCAGAACUCUUUGGUCGAUGCCGUUCACAAUCUCGGCAAGCAGUCCAUGACCCAUGCCGCUGAUCUUGAUGCUUGGACACAAGCGGUCCUUUCGGGUACGGACGGAAUCCAGCAUAUGCCUACGAAUGGCCGCAUAAAUGCCUCCAAUGUCCUAAAGGCUCGCAGGUCUGCCAACAGCUGGAGCACCCCAACUAUGAAUAUUGCUCGAUAUGCGUUUGCAAAUCCCGCCAUAUUGACCUUUACUGGUCACCAGAUUGGCGGACCAGAUAGCUACGAGAAUGUGUAUCAGAAUGUCAGGGCUAUUCACGCCGCUGGUAUCCCUAUCUUGGCAGGCACUGAUGCUGUGGGAGUUAUCAAUGCCAACAUCUCUGUUCCAUUCGGAUUAAGUCUUCACUUUGAGCUGGAGAAUCUUGUCGAAGCGGGAUUAACCACAGUGGAAGCCCUCCGUGCAGCGACUGAACUCGCCGCUCAGCACCACAGGCUGGCAGACCGAGGAAAGAUUGCGCCUGGCAUGAGGGCCGAUUUGAUUCUUCUCAACAGCGACCCGCUGGCCAACAUCACCAACACGAGAGAUAUUGCUAAAGUGUGGGUUGGAGGAAUCGAGUACAAAGAUGUUGCCAACAGCACUGGAUUGUCGAAUCCUCCCGCCAAUCACACCAAGGCUGGGACCUCAUCUGGUUCAGGGUCGGGUUCUGGAUCUGGGAGUUCUGGAUCUGGAAGUGGGACGGGCAAUAGUGCUGGAAAAGCCAUUGCAUUGAGCUGGAUCUCCUUGCUGGGCUUACAAGUUGGAGCAAUGCUUUAUUUCUUCACGUAA